AUGAAUUUCGAUACAGCCCGUUUUAUCUGAAAUUUAAAAUUACAUAGCAAAAAUAUUAUUACGAUGUAUCCCAUAUGUACUACGGCACAUAUCACCUGGAAAAUAUUACGAUGGUAAAUAGAGAAAAUAAUUUAUUAAUUAAUUUUUGUUAAUUUGUUAAGUCUUUGAAAUGAAGCUGAAUAUGCAAUAUUACUGCAUAGCAAAUCUUAACGACGACAAACCGCUUUCACGCGAAGCCUCGGAGUCGUCGCAUGUCCUUAUCUUAGAUUCACUGCCCGACAUUCUGACUGGCCGGCUGAUUGGCUGUGCUGUGCGUUGCACUGAUCGUAGUGGAAGCGUUUACGAGAAGUUGUCGUGGCUUAUAGGAGCGGAUCAAUGACAGCUACGAGUUAA